GUGACGUUAUUGGAACAACAUAGAUCAAUCCAAGGGCUCCACGCGCUCCACGCGUGAUUGAACAGUAUCUGAAAGCCCAAUAUACAAAUUGAACAUUUGAUACUCGCGCUCUCUCUGUCUUUCCCCGAAAGCCAUGUUAUCUCCUCCUCCCAGACCAAAACUAGGGUUUCCAUUGGAUUCUUGUUAUAUAAACCUUGAAAAAUACUAACUUUUUGGGUUUUAAAAGGUUCACCUAACGAGAGAUUAGUGCUGGUUCAAGAAGAAUCUAUGCAAAUAUUUUUGCUCUGGGAAUCCAACACCACGUGAGUGAAUGGAUGUGGCUUUUACCCAUCUCUCGUGGUGGUUGUGGAGAGGAAAACAUCAAGAGCCAAGAAUCUCAAAUGGGUCGUCCAUAAAUUCUUCAGCUGAUUCUGUUCUGUUGGAAUUGGAUGUUUUGAGAUUUCCUUUUGUUAAGCAGGGAAUUGUGCCUUCCUCUUCUGGAAGGGUAAAGCGGAAAUGGCAUAGUAGGGAAGAGCCGAAAAUAGAUAGGGAAUAUGAUGUUGUUAUAGUUCCAUCUGAUGGUGGAAUUGUUUCUGAUUCUGAAUCUGAUGAUUCUGAUUGGUCUAUUGGCUGGUUGGAGCCUCAUGGAACUGGGUUCUCAAGUGAUGAUGGUGAAAGUCAUGAAACAGAUAACAGUUUUGCUGUGCUUGUUCCCUGUUAUGGACGCAAUUUCAGUGCCAUGGUGGAGGAGGAUCCCAAAAGCAACUUACUGGGCAACGUUGGGUACUUUCCAGAUAGUUAUUCAGAUGAGAGCAAGAAAUAUGUAGAAAAUUGGAUCUCCUCUCUUCGAAAUUCCUGAUGCACAAAUACUCUAAUUAUGUCUCUGCAGUAUAGAGCAGCCUCUGUUACUAUUGCUCUGUUGAAAUCCUCAUUUGUCUUCUUUAGCCAAUAAACAAUUGUUCACUGUAAACUUGGGGCCAAAAAAAAUGCUGUACUGCAAUGUGAUGGCGUAGUAGGAUUGCUAAACUUUGGGUCUAGCCUAAUUCAAAUCCUUUGAGGAGCAAACGUGGUCAAUAAUAAAGCAGUUGUGAUUCUUUAGCAUUGUCUUGUAGUGAUGUACCCCUGAUGUUCUGCUCUCAACCUUAGAGAAUCAAAACAUUGGAGAGAAAAGGAAAAAUUUAUGCAUGAAUGCAUGUUAAAUGGAGAGAGCUUGCAAUUCUUUGAUGUAAAUAUUUAUGUACAUAUGAAAUUAAUUGUAUCAUAUCUGUUAAA